AUGAAUUUGUCCGAGAUCUAUGACAACGCCAAAAAGGGUCGAGAGUAUGCAUUGCUGGGCAACUACGACUCAUCCAGUGUUUACUACCAGGGCGUCCUGCAACAGAUCAACAAACACUGCCAGAACCUCAGGGACCCAGCGCUUAAAGUCAGGUGGCAACAGGUGAGAGAGGAGCUGACCGAGGAAUGGGAACAGGUAAAGAGUAUUUUGGUCGUGCUGGAAGCCUUCAAGACGGAGAAGCCGGUGACCGUGCCCGUUCCUCAUUUUGGGGGAGGCGGCGAGGACCCGGCAGCGUGGCCGCCUCCCACUCCUGUGGAACACAGGAACCCUGUCGUGGGGAAACGUCCCAACAGUGGUGUGAAACAUCAGAAGAAAGACUCACCUGGUCUUCAGCAUCGAGGGGAAGGGCAAGAAGGUCGCGGACAGGCCAAAUAUAAAGCCAGAGAAGGCCGGAACAUGAAAUCUCAAGACGAUGGAAAGAAAGGUGAAAAGGAGAAGAAAUUUGAUGGUGGUGGACAUGACAGCGACCUGGUUGAAUCGUUAGAGCGAGACAUUGUGUCUCGCAACCUGAAUGUUUACUGGAACGACAUAGCCGAUCUGGAGGAUGCGAAGAAGCUGCUAAGAGAAGCUGUGGUGCUACCCAUGUGGAUGCCUGACUUCUUCAAGGGCAUUCGACGGCCCUGGAAGGGUGUGCUAAUGGUCGGACCACCCGGAACAGGCAAGACAAUGUUAGCUAAAGCCGUGGCCACAGAAUGCGGGACGACUUUCUUCAACAUGUCUUCAUCCACUCUUACCUCCAAAUAUAGAGGCGAGUCGGAGAAACUCGUUCGUCUUCUCUUUGAAAUGGCUCGCUUCUACGCUCCAACGACCAUCUUCAUAGAUGAGAUCGACUCCAUCUGCAGCAGAAGAGGAACGUCGAAUGAACAUGAGGCCAGUCGCAGGGUCAAAUCUGAGCUUCUGAUUCAAAUGGAUGGCGUGGGUGGGGCGCAGGACAAUGACGACCCUUCCAAGAUGGUGAUGGUCCUCGCCGCAACCAACUUUCCGUGGGACAUUGAUGAAGCGUUACGCCGACGUCUGGAGAAACGAAUUUACAUCCCGCUGCCAACAGCUGUAGGUCGCGUAGAGCUUCUGAAGAUCAACUUACGGGAAGUGGAAUUGGCGGCUGACGUGAACCUGGACAUUAUCGCUGAGAAGACUGAGGGCUACUCAGGCGCUGACAUCACCAAUGUCUGCAGGGACGCAUCCAUGAUGGCCAUGCGGCGGAGAAUCCAAGGACUGACCCCCGAGGAGAUCCGAGCCCUGUCCAAAGAAGAGCUGCAGAUGCCCGUCAUGAUGGAGGACUUAACGCUAACCCUCAAGAAGAUCUCCAAGUCGGUCUCCGCUGCAGAUCUGGAAAAAUACGAAGCCUGGAUGUCAGAGUUUGGUUCAGGGUAA